AUGGCGAGUAGAAUCCCAGGUGAACUGUUAGAGAGCAUAGGAAAGUGCCUAAACACUAGAACAGAUGUUUCUCGAUUUCGUGCGGUGUGCAAGUCAUUGCGGUCCUCCAUCCCUCGCUUCGAAAAGAAGCUUCAAUUUCCCAUCAAAGUUCUCAUUCGAAACACCAAUGGCAGCAACACCACCUUUACCCUAACCGAGAGCAUUGUCUUUCAUCUUGCGCCUCCUAGAGAUGAUCCUCAUAAAAGAGGUUGGUUGGUUAAGGUUGAAGAAGGAAAAUAUGGUGAAACUCGUAUGUUGCAUCCACUCUCCCAGUUUGUUGUAGGGAGACUGCCCCACUCGUUCCCAAAGGUAUUUAACCUAUUGGAAUUUAGGGUUUUUGAAUAUGCAAGAGUUUACAGCAUACAUGACGAUGGUUGGUGGGACCGUAAUAAUAAGGUGGCCUUGUCCAUGAAUCUCGGUUUCCCUGUGGUCAUGAUAAUUGCCGAUGGGGUAUUAUACCCAGGCGAAUUAGAUGUCAGCGUUAACAACUGCAUUGAGGUCUCUCAGUUGGAUCAUGAUCAACAUUAUGAUUACGAAGAUGUUAUUUUCCACGAAGGGAAGUUCUACGCUGUCUGCCAGGACGGACAAGCUGUAGUAGUUGAUUCUUGUCUGAAUGUGAAAGUAGUUGCGCCGCCAAUAUUAGCUUGUUCGGGUGGUGAUCACAAGAAGAGUUUGGUGGAGUCAUCGGGGGAGUUGCUCUUAGUCGAUAGGUAUCCGAGUACAAUGGGAGAAGAUAGUUAUUUAGACAAGUGGCUCGACAUUGAGCUUAAAUUCAAGGUUUUUAAGUUGAACACAGCUGAAAAUCAAUGGAUUGAAGUUGAUGAGAGGGAUGCUUUGAGCGAUCGAAUAUUGCUCGUGGGGGAUGACAGCUGCUUCUCUGUUUCUGCUAGAGAUUUUCCAGGAUGUAAAGGGAAUAGCAUUUAUUUCUCUAAUUUCUUUUAUAUGAAGAAUAAUAUGGAGGGUGAGUUUGGAGGAAUGUUUAGUGAGAUGGGAGUUUUCCGAUUAGAUUUUGGCAGUCACUUGCCCCUAACAUAUUAUCCAAGCUGUGAUAAUAUCUUCUACCCACCCCCAACUUGGACUUGGUUGUCAAGCAAGGAAAAGAAAAGGAAGAAGAAGAUUUGGCGUCGUGUUUGGAUUUGGACUUGGCUUUCAAGAAAGUUAAAGAAAAAGAAAAUUAAACAUAGAUCUUGGCGGCUAGAUCGAUGCUAAGUUGGAUGGUCAUUUGAGUUUGGCCACACUACUGCAAUUUCUUUUUUUUCUUUUUUUUUUGGUUGAAAAUUUAUUGUUUCAUGUAAUGUGGUUUAGUAUAGGUGGUUUUUUGGAUCUUUCAGUGCUUGACUGUGAAGCAUCACAAUCUCCAACUUCCCCAAGCUUGAUCGAUGAAAAGCUGGACGCCGAUUAUGAGCUUUAAGGAGAAAGAAAUUUAGUUGUCAACCUUGCAGUGCCUCCUCCCUAUUUUCAUGUAAUAGGAAACAUGUAAAGGUAGAUAGAGCAACUUCGAUGGUCGCUGCGUCGUCCCACUAACAUAUCCAGCCUCUGCUAGUAUCUUUUGCCCAUCCCCAACAUGGCCAAAGGCCUGAUCUAUAUGCGGAGCUGGAUGGAGAUUGUGAGUUUAGGCAUAACCUACUGCAGAGUUUGAUUUUUUAUUUUAACAUGUACUCUCAUUUUA